UAUAAUACAACAAUUUAUAACAAAGUACACAAAUUAAUUUCUUUGGAUUCAGAUAUCAUACGAAAUGUUAGUUUGAAACUGUUUUUAUUUGAUUUUUAUUUUAACCUUUUACUUUUCCCUAGUUUAAUUAUUCUACGUAACUAAAUUAUAAAAUAUUCAAUUAAUUAUAUAACAUAUAGAAUCAGUUUUGUGUGAAUAAUGUUAGGAAUUAUCAUCUGCGUGCCUUUAUAUGCAAUUGCGGCCUUAGUACUGGGUGCCUCUAUAACUGUAGGUAUUUUCGUAUUCCACGUGGCCGUGGUACCUUUAAUAUUCAAAUAUUCUAAAACCUUCAGACGACAUCUUAUAUUCGCUAACUUUGCACAGUGGCCUUUAAACGUCAAUUAUGACAGCCCAGCGGAGAGCGGCAUAGAGGGAGCGAGGAACUUUUAUAUCGAAUACCAGUCAAAAGUAGAUAAAUGUCCCAUGAAAAUAGGUGUAUGGCAUAUACUGCCGAAGAGUUCAUAUGAGAGAGUCAAAGGUAGUUUUGAAUGUGGAGACAACGAGGAGCUGAACCGAGCGAUGGAUGAAGAUAUUAUUAGCUCUAAACAUCCCAUUAUAUUAUAUUGUCACGGCAACUCCAACAGCAGAGCGGCCUACCACAGGAUACAGUUGUACAAAUUCUUCCAGAAAAUGGAUUUUCAUACUAUAGCAUUUGAUUACAGAGGCUACGGUGAUUCGACUAACGUGAUGCCGACUGAAGAUGGCGUGGUGGAAGAUUCUCUAAUCGUAUAUGAUUGGUUGAACACAAUGUUAGAGCCGGCCAAGGACAGACCGCCUGUUUUUGUAUGGGGACAUUCACUUGGUACUGGCAUCUCAUCACAUUUGCUCGGUAAUUUGAAAGAGCUGUCCAAGAAUAUUCUACAGAAAGUUGAACCUUUGAAACUGCCUAAUGGUUUAAUAUUGGAGUCACCGUUCAAUAAUUUGGCAGACGAGGUCAAUCACCAUCCACUGGCCGUGCUGGUCUCAUGGCUGCCUUACUUCAAAGAGAUGUUUGUUUCUCCGUUCGUGGGCUGCCCCUGUCAUUCGUUUCGCUCUGACGAACAUCUAGCACGAGAGACAUUCCUGCCUGUGUUGGUGUUGCACGCUAGAGACGAUUUAGUCGUACCUCACGUAGUCGGAGAAAAGCUCUACCAGUCAAUAGUCAAGUCACGUGUCAACGGCGGGGCGACGAUAAAACUACAUUCCUAUGACAAGAAUCAAAAUCUUGGACACAAAUGGAUCUGCAACGCGAAGGAUCUGCCGGAAGUUGUCGGAGAUUUCGUGUCCAGUCACCGGUAAUGUAACAUAUUACAAACAGCAUUUUAGUUUGCUAUUUAAAUGAUGAAGUGAACCUUACUUCGCGCCACGCUUCACGCUCGCAGACGCUUCGCAAUGCAUUCAUUUGUUUACUUUUGUGACAAAUAAAUCAUUAAAUAAAAA